GCCCGAUACGCGCUGAUGCGCGCGACCCGCAUCCGAACGUAUCCAAGUACUGUGGGCGAGCCUGUCGCUGUUGACGCUGUGUCGCUGUUCGAUAAGCCGGGCGUGAACGUGAACGUGCAGGAAACGUCAAGCACAGCCGAGAUGUCGAGGAACGACGGCAAGAAGGACACCUCGGCGUCCGCGUUCCGUAAGAUCGACGUAGACCAAUACAGCGACAACAAUUUCAAAGAGGAGGACGCGGACGGCGGCGUAGGUGCGCCCACCGGUCCGGACGAGAACGAGAUUUUGACACUUCUUAGCCAGGGUAAGAACGCGGAGGCCCUAAUAUCGGUAUUAAAGUCCGCACCGUUGGAGUGUAAGAAUCAGCAAGUAAAGGACAGUGCACGAAACUUAACACAGAAGGUGCUUCUAAGUAUAAAGUCGAAUCAAGUGGACGAUUGUUUAGCACAAUUAGAUCGUGACUUAAUAGAUGUUCUAAUGAAGUAUAUUUAUCGAGGUUUUGAAAUCCCGACAGAAGGUAGCAGUAGUCACUUGUUACUUUGGCAUGAAAAGGUAUUUAAUGUAAGCGGUGUCGGCUGCAUUGUCCGUGUAUUCUCUGACAGCAAACGGGCUUGAAGAGUUUUGUACAUUUUGCAGUAACAUGUUCAUUAUCAUAAUUACCAUUAAUUCUUACUGUUAUUCAUCGUCAUUGUUAAUGCGAUGAGGAUGUAGAUAGGCAAGCCAUUCACAAUUUUCCAUAUGGGAAAUACAACAAAUUUGUGUACAUU